AUGCCGUCCGCUCCUCGUCGCUUCUCUUAUGCUUCAGUCGUCUCUGGUGCUGCCAACGACCAACCCGAUCCGUCUUCUUCUGCUGUCUUCUCCCGUCAUUUGAAUCUUCAUAUUCCUCAUUAUACGGAGGAUUCCGCCGCUACUAUUCAUACCACUUCUACCMCCGCCGCCACUACAUCUCUCCCAUCAACCACCUCCCCGCAUACAUCACAUACAACGACCAUCUCCAACCGCAAUUCAACUUCAGUCACUGCCACGGAUGCAGACAUGCAGAUGAACUACGGCGCUACGAGCGCCGGAUGGAGGAGGUCCAGCGGUCUUCCUCCUUAUUCCCGGCAGUUCGCCAACAUCCCCGAAUAUGCCGGUGGUGCAGCAGCAAGUCCUGGUGCCGGUGGUGGUGGUGCUUCGACAGGUGCUGGUACAGGUCUACCAGCAGCCACAUCGUCGCCAGCUUUGUUGAUGUCGUCUUCUUCUACAUCCUCGCCAUCAUCCCCCUUCUACGAUCCUUCCUUUUUCGUCCCGUCAUACCUCCGUAACUCCCGAUACGUCGCUCGACUAGAAGCUGCCCGACGCUCCAAGCUAGCAGCUGCUCAACGCGAACCUCUACACCAACAACAGCAACAGCCAUCCCUAUCCGCGUCGUCAAGCCAUGUAAAUCUCCACCGCAUGGCGCCGUCGCAUCGGGGGAUGACGUACGAUAUAGUCGAGAAGGAGCCAGCCAUCACCACUUCUGCCGCCGCCGCUCUAGAAGAUAAGCCGCAACCAUUACCAUCUCGCUGGAACGAGAGUGAUAGACACGACGGACUCGAUUUGACGAAUGAUGGCUUGGAGGUACGAUAUAUGGGCCAUGUACACAAACCGGAUCACGAGGCAGCCUCUAUACGGGCGGAUUUUCCGAUGCCGCGUGAAUCUGGGAUAUACUAUUAUGAAGCUACCAUACUGGUCAAACCGAAGGAUGCAGUAAUCGCCAUUGGGUUUUCAUCGUCUAGAGCAUCGUUGGAAAGGCUACCUGGCUGGGAUAACGAGUCGUGGGCGUACCACGGAGACGACGGCAAGGCUUUUGUCGGCGAGAAUCAAGGCCAAGGUCGACCGUAUGGUCCUACCUAUGGUGUUAAUGAUACCAUCGGUUGUGGAGUCAACUUUACGACGCGAAGCCCGGCGUUCAAGGAUCUCCCAGUCUCUAAGAGUAUAGCUUUUUACCCGUCUAUUGGUAUGAAGAGGCAUAAUGGCAUGCAUGUGAGGGUCAAUUUUGGUCAACAGCCGUUCAUGUACGACAUCGACGGGAUGGUCAAGACAGAAAAGCACGCUCUGCUUACCGAAAUCAGUGAAACGAGUACUGCCAAUCUCCAACCUCCCUUGGACGAAGCUGCUCUUUUGCAGGAACUGGUGGCUCAAUUUCUUGCCCAAGAAGGAUAUUACGAGACUGCUAGAACGUUUGCGGAAGAGGUGCGCGAAGAGUCUGUUACUCUCGAGAAGGGGCAGUCGCGGUCACUGUAUCAACAUGAGCCUGGUGAAGAUAUCGAUACAGCGAAUCGACAAAAAAUCCGCGCCGCUAUUUUGGAAGGCGACAUGGACAAGGCAUUGAAGUAUACAAACGCCUACUUUCCCAAAGUGCUCCAAGAUAAUCCUCACAUCCUCUUCAAACUUCGGUGUCGAAAAUUCCUCGAAAUGAUGUGUAAAUGCAGUGACUCGUCGAGCGCUGCAACAACCGAAGCAAAAAGAGAAGAAGAGAUGGAAGUUGACGACGGUUUCUCGGAUGGCGAAGGAAUGGACACUGAGGAGCCACGGACUGUAGUAGACGACACGGCCAAGUUUCACGAGCUGCUUACCGAGGCCGUGCAAUACGGACAACAACUACGCAUGGACUAUCCAUCGGAUGAAUAUGGAGGCGACAAACAAUAUCUCGAGGAUAUCUUCUCGCUGGUGGCAUAUCCUGAUCCGCGAUCUUCGGUCCAUGGUCAUCAUCUGGAUGCUUCGGGACGGGUUGCAGUGGCUGACGAUUUGAACGCCGCUAUUUUAGUGUCCCUCGGAAAAUCAUCAACCGCCGCUCUAGAAAUACUCUACUCACAGACCGAGGUUUUAGUCAACGAGCUGAGCGAAGAUGGUGGUACGGGUGCGUUCAUCAAUAUCCGAAGUGACUUUAUGCCCUAG